CCUAGAUCAGACUCUGGGGUGGGCGACUGGGAAUGGUCCCAAUGGACAAUGGAGCCCGUGCCCGUCACGACGAAGAAGCCGAUAGGCUGUACAUGGAAACGUGGGUCAAAUAUCGGCGAGGUCCGGAUGAUAUGCGCAAGAUACCGCCGACACGGAUCCUCAUGUACCCAGAUAUAUUUGAGAGAGCGUGGGGUUGGGACCGGCUGCUGCCACAAGACUACACGUCCUCGCGCCUCUAUUUUGACUACCUCAGGGAGUAUCACAGGCGCAAUCGCCUCAUGGACUACGUCGCCGCCGCCGCCGGCAAGCCUGAGGAGUGGCCGCUCAAAGCCCGGCCACCGGUUGAUGAUGGUGUUAUCACCGGAUGCUUCCCGGAUGGGAAUGAUGCCCUCACUGCUGCCGCCAGAUUUUGCCUGGACAUGGAGCUGCGGUUCAUGUCGGUGUGGAAGAGCCGACCCGUGCGCAACGUGGAACUCCUGAGCCAGAAGAUCCAGGAGCGCGCCUGUCACCUCAUCGUCGUGGGGCGAGAAUUCUCUGAACCCGCCGCCGCCAGCUUGGUGUGCAUCGCCAACGAGGCGGCUUUGGCUUGUGAGCUGCUGACACGUGGGGCUGAAGCCACCGACGUGGAGAUCAAACUAUGCAACUGCAUCCGCCAGUGCGCGCUGAGUCUUAUGUACAUGACAGGGCCGCGUUCCGAUGCCUCUGCUGCUGCUAUGGUGGGUGUUCCCAAGGAGGCCAGAAGAAUGUGUGAGUGGAUGAGGAAUGUGAACCAACUGUAUGCUUUCCAAGGUUACUCUGAAAUCCACAAGAUGGGUCAGUGCGAUGAGAUCCGGAUUCCCACCUUUCGUCUUUUCGAGGAAGAAGAACCGUUUGUGCUUAUGGAUUUUGGAAAGAAAAGGGAGAAGACACAAGUGUAAGAGCCUGCAGGAACUUCAGAUAAGUAUUUAUCACAGGUUUUCCUAUGUUACUCUUUGAGCGGUAUGGUGUGCUCGUCAAUCACAAGGCGUCUGUGACAACUUCAUCGAUCUCAAAAUCUGCCAGCUCAAUAUCUCAAGGUCGCUCAUAGAGAUAGGGAGUGCAUGCGUCCGUUGAUAUGGAUAAAUAUGGCUUGUAUAUGAGCUUUUAUGUUUGUAUUGUGUUUCUCGAAAAAAAAAAUUCUAACCAUCAUUAGAUUCUGCCAAGUGGUCGCAAGAGCGAAUGCAACGUUACCUUACCAAUCCUUGUCGGAGAAUUUGGUUGUCAUGAACGCCCUCAAGUGAAGCAGCACAGGGCACCUACAACGCGAGGAGCUAGGAUUAAUUUCCUUCCCGAUCGUUGGGCCAACUUAUCAUGGCGUCUCACUCAACACCUACGCAAAAGACGGAGCAGGAAAUGAUAAAAAGUUGUUUGUUCAAGAUUUAUGGCCACUUCGAGAUUAAUUAGCGCCUAACAUUAGCGCUCAA